AUGCCUUCUACAUCAUUGUCCAACAAUCUUACGCUCCAAAUUCUCAGCAAGGCAGAGAAGGAGGGAUACGGUAUCCUCGCUCAAACAUGCUACGAUGCUCAUUCAGUCAUUGGUCUCGUGCGCGCUGCUGAACGUAGCCGUUCUCCAGCAAUCCUUCAACUCUUCCCGAUUACACUUGCCUACGGAAAGGGUCCAUUCCUUCAAUUCUGUCUCAACGCCGCUCACGGAGCUUCAGUACCAAUCGCUGUUCAUCUCGACCAUGCCACUGAUCCAGAACACAUUGAGCUCGCUCUAAGCCUCGCGGAGCAGGGGAUCGCAUUUGACAGCAUCAUGGUCGACGCUUCUCAUGCAGACACCGACGAAGAGAACAUUGCCCUUGCACGACCCCACGUAGAACGCGCUGCGAAAUGUGGCGUCCUUGUCGAGGUCGAACUCGGAAGGCUGGAGGGCGGAGAGGCUGGAUUGAGGAUGAUAUCUGACGCGAAGUUGACUAACCCAGAAAAGGCUGAUCACUUUAUGAAGCAGACGGGAGCAUUGAUCCUUAGUCCAAGUAUUGGCAACUUGCAUGGAUCAUAUAUCAACCCUCCCAACUUCCGUCAAGAUAUUCUCAAAGAUCUUCAUACGCGCUUCGCCGGCGAAGUUCCUCUCUGUCUACACGGCACAGACGAACUUCCAGACGAGCUCUUCAAAGAAUGCAUCAAAAACGGUAUCUCAAAGAUCAAUGUGAACUCUUGGGCACGAGACCCGUACGCCAAAACACUCGCCGCUGGUCUCCAAUCAAAGCCUUUCCCAGAUGCAGUCGAGGAGGCGACAGAGGUGUUCGCGAAGGUGUGCGAUCGGUUCUUCGUGUUGUUUGAGUCUAAGGAUAAGGCAUGA